AUGGCGCCUUCAAGUACCCAAGAUCUGUUCGAUGUCGAACAUCUCACCUCCAAAAGCAUCACCAAACCUGCUCCAACACAUCAGCCAACUGCGCCAGACUUUGAACUCUUCCGUCACCUAGUACCCCUAGUCUCAAGCGGCAAGACAGUACACCUCAACGCUGCCUUCAUGCCCCCUUCAAAUCUCAUCGUUAACGAAGCCCUCUCCCGCUUCUGCUCCGAGGCUUUACACCACCCCUCUCCAAAGGCCCACUGGAAAGAAGACGUCGAAGCAGUGAGGGUGCUCCUGGGCAGGUACAUCAACACAGAACCGUCAACCAUCGCCUUCGUGCGAGACACCACCGAAGGCCUGGGAAGCUUCGUCCGAGGCCUCAAGUUCCAAUCAGGCGAUAACGUCGUGAUUCUCGACUGCGAACAUCCGAAUCAGUCGUUCGCUUGGCUGACGCUCCGCUCGACUGGGCUGGAAGUCAGACUCGUCCCUACAGACCCGGAGAACCCAGUCGCUGCGGAUGCGGCCACCUUUGCGCCAUUCGUUGACGAGAGAACCAGGGCAAUCGGGCUGAGCUCUAUCAUGUUCUACACGGGACAGCGCAGCGAUGUAGCGGAUGUCUGCGCGGCGUUUAGGCAUAGGGGGAUCCACGUCCUCGCGGACCUCACGCAACAAGUCGGUUUUGCUGCCGUUGAUGUGAAAGCGUUGGGUGUUUCGGCGGCGGCGUUUAGUCUGCACAAGGGUCUCAACUCGCCGACUGGCUUCGCGGCGCUGUACGUCGAUACAAACGUCGUCCAGGAGAUGGAUCCGAUACCGCCCGUUGUCGGCUACGGCGGCGUCAGCAGUGUUGGCGAUUCGGAGGACUUUACGGUCCCGGAAGGCCCUGUGAUCUUCCAUCCUACUGCUAAACGAUACGAGCACGCCAACAUGAGCUUUAUCUCAGCCGUGGCCGCUAGGGCGUUUCUUCAGUUUUAUCUCGACGUGAUGGGGCCCAAAAAUCUCGAGGAUCGCUUAUAUAGGCUUGGAGAUACGCUGCGACAAUCUUGCGCUGACUUGGGUGUUGGUGUUGUUGGGCCGAGCGAGAGGAGACACCACGCACCGCAUCUCCAUGUUCUUCGUUUGCAGGACAGGGGGUGGAUAGAUCGUUUGGAAGCGGCGGGCAUCGUAGCGACAAAAUUUCGGUCCGGCAUCAGAGUCUCUUUUGGCUUCUAUAGCAAUCUGGAAGAUGUCGAGAGGUUGAUGGCGGUGAUUAGAAUGGGGCUUGAAAGCGGCAUCCCCGUGUGUUAG